AUGAAAAAAAUUUUCAAUUUCUUUAGCCGUGACAAGAAGAACUGUCAAACCCAUACGCAAGGCAAUGUUAACAAAGAACCAACCAAUGCACCUUCUUCCCCUUCACAGAAUGAAGUGUUUGAUUUCAAGUUAAACCCAAAUGAAAGCCUUGAAGAACAGUUGAUGCAAGCAGCGAUCAAGGAAAACUUGAACCACAUGAAAGAAUUGUUGAAAUUGGGAGCCAUUCCUACCACAAGAAGGAAAUUAAAGACGAGAUGGUUCGACAUCGACUAUCCUCUCUCCAUGAAAGUUGAAAACGUGUGGACCUUUUCCACUCCCUUACAUUUGGCCCUUAUGAAAAAUUGUGAACGACUUGUCAAGAUAUUGCUUGCUCAUGGAGCUGACACGAGAAUUCCAUAUCGAGAGGAUGAGAGGAUCACGACAUGUUUGGAAUUGACAAAACAACUAGAACCUUUUCUUUCAUUGAUCACAAAAGCGUUCGAAUGGACUCCUGAAAAUCACGAAUUGUUACCAUUAUUGGAAUUGAGAAAAAAGAUCAAAUGGUUGCACAUGUGUUUUUGUCACUCCACACGUGGUGGUCAUUUAAUUAGUUUGGAUUUGGAUUCGUUGAGCUUGAUUUACACCUUUGUGUGUCAUGAAUACUUUUUUGAAUAG